AUGGAACGGUUCAUGAAGGCGAAACAGUUAGAUGGAGAAGGAGUGAGGUCAUUUCCUAGCCGCCUCCGUGCACUUGGCUACGAUACAUUGGAUAAUUUUAGUGGAGAAGGCUCUGAACAGAAGAAUUCUGUGGCUCGAGAGUUGUUGGACGGUCAGUUACUCACGAGGUACUUAACAGGCUUGCGGGACCCUAUCAGACGAUUUGUGCUAUCACGCGACCCGUCUUCAUUUCGGGAAGCAAUAGAGGUUGCGGCAAAGGAAGAGAGAAAUGAGAAGAUGACAGUAGAGCAACUGCCCGUACGGCCCGUUGUGACUAAUUCAGAACAGACGGAGGACAUGAAACACCGGCUAGAGCGGUUGGAGCGGAUGCUCGCAGAGUUGACCACCGAGAUGAGGCAGGACAGACAAACGGGGCCACGACAACAGACCAGUCGAGAACGACGGUGCUUCAAUUGUGGAAACUUCGGCCACUUCGCUCGGGAGUGUCAGGACAGGCCUAGGAACUGGGUCAGCCGCAGACAGCAAAGUGGUGACGGCCCAGAUCGAACGCGACAACCGUCUCCCCAAACGAGGCACGUAUCAGGUACUAGUCCGGGAAACUAG